AUGAUUCUUCAUCAUCGCUGGAAUACCGGAAGCCAAAGACCACAGUACAUUUCUCCUUCGGCCCAGAUCAUACGCCUUGAAAAGUGCAUCAAGAUGAAUUAUCAGCGCAUGGCCAUUGAGAAGGAAGCGCCCGAAGAAGUCGGCGUCUCAAUCAAGUACAAUUUGUCCGAGAGCGCCAUUUCAGACCAGACCUUGGAGUCUUUGCAAAUCAGCAUCCCGCAGAGUACCAUUCUCACGUACACUGAGCACAAAGGAAGCCCCAAACUUCGGUCCAUCAUCACCGAGGCAUCUAAUGGAUCUCUCACUCCAGACGAUGUCCUCAUCACCGCAGGUGCCUCGACAUCGCUUUUCAUCAUUUUGACUGCUCUACUUGGCGCGGACUCUCAUCUCAUUGUCACUCGGCCAAAUUACACCAGUAGUCUCGAGAUACCUCGCUCCAUUGGAUGCGACAUUACCUUUGUCGAUCUGGAGUAUGAGUCGCAAUUCUCUCUGGAUUUGGAUAAAAUUGCUGCUGCCAUUCGACCUGGAAUCACCAAAGUUAUCAGCAUCUGCUCCCCAAAUAAUCCUACCGGAACCAUGUGCACAGAUGCCGAGCUUCGCAAGCUCGCGGACCUUGCUCAGGAGGCGGGCGCAUAUCUGCUGAUUGACGAAACAUAUGCACACCUGAAAUACUCAUCUACUUCAGACAGAGGCGAGCAUGAAGCAGUCAAUUCAGGCAGUGGCUAUCUGAGAAACAAUGUCAUUACAGUUUCGUCCAUGUCCAAGGCGUACGGCGUUCCUGGCAUACGCAUGGGCUGGCUCUCAACCACGAACCCAGCGCUCCAUGAGACAUUUCUUGCUGCAAAGGAGCAAAUCAGCAUAAGCGGCAGCGUUCUCGACGAACUCGUCGCCGAGCAGAUUCUAUGCCGUCGCAGCGAGCUUCUCUCGGCAACCAUUGCUGACUUGCAGCGUCGACGCGAUCGCGUUGCGGCGUGGGUGGCCGAGGAGAGCGAGUGGGUGGAGUGGAUAAGACCCGACGCCGGAGCCAUGUGCUUCAUCAAGUUCAAGAAGGAGCCGUACGGCGGGGUCGAGGCAUUCUACAGCAGGCUCUUGGCAAAGUACGGCACCUACGUCGGGCGCGGGUCGUGGUUUGGCGGCCAAGACACAUAUUUCAGACUGGGCUAUGGGUGGCCGACCUGGGACCAUUUAGACACUGGCCUAGGGCUGCUAUCGGAAGCAAUUCGUGGCUAG